UUGCCACGACAGUUGGGGGUGAGUCCAAGGGAAGCACUAUGGAAGUCGUCGAAUUGCAGCAGGCACGGGCCCAUGGCGAGAUUGGUGAUAUCUUCAAGAUGAUGCUUAAAAUCUACAAGUCGGAAGAAGCCAGAUCGAUGGAGGUGUCAAAGAAGGGUAGCUUCGAAUUGGGUUCGAUCUCCUCCCACUUCAGCCAGAUGUGGGACAACGGGCGUCAGAUUCGGCAGCUAUUCUCAACAGAUGCAAAAUUCUUACCCACAUCCAUGCUUGCCCAUGACACGUUGGUUGGCCAUGUUUCCACAUUGGAAUUGUGUUCAGAACAUAUUGAUUGGCUAUGUAGAUGGGUACCUCAGUUCGCUGAGAGACUCGAGAGGAUCAAAAAGGAUGAUCCGAUGGACAAAAAGAUGCUGGAGAUGGCAGAGAUGGAGGAAGUCAGUUUUGCUUGCUACAUACGCAGCUGGGAACGAGUUCGCCGGCGCGACAACUCCAUCAGAUUUGAAGAUUCAACAACAUUGAGCCCAAUGCUGUUCACACACUAUAUGCCAGGCUACCACCCAUUGUUUGCUGAUCUCACGCAGACAAUGCAGAUUUUCUCUAUCAAAAUCACAGAAUUGGUAGGCUUCAAUUGGCCAUUGGAGGUAUACGGCGUGGUUGCUGCCAGGGAUGCUGUGGACUAUCGUCGCAACCAUCUUUUUCUUCGCAGUAGGGAUAACUGCCAAUUCCUCAAGGAUAAGGAGGAUUCUUAUUUGCACUUGACUGGCCCGUCUCGUGCGAUUAUGUCUGAGGACACUGUUCGGAUUGAAUUCCAACUGAAAGUCAAGGGCACUAUGAAGUCAGAAGACAGGCAUUUAAUCACCGAACAAUUUGCUUGUGAUGCUCAUGGUGCUGGGACUUCUAUCAUACAUUCCAUCGAUGGCUGUUUUUGCACGAUGGAAUUAUGUUCUGAGUAUUUCAGAGGCUCGAUCCAAGCAACCAUAAUUAGUAUCUGUGUUACGCAAGGCUCGUUGCCAGAUGGUGCACAAGUUAUUUGCUUUUCACUGCCUGAAGAGGAUACUGAAGGGAAGGAUGAGCGCAGAACUAACCAUGUUGUUCUGUUUGAUAAUAAAAAUGGAGCAGUGCCAGUAGAUGAAGAAGGGUAUUUGAAGUUGUCAAGGCAGGUUGUUCCUGUACAAUUGGAAGGAAAGCUGGAAGUUGUCACAAAGACUGAUGCCAUGAUGAGUCGAAGUGUUUUCUUUACACCUGAAUUAAGCAACAUAAGUCAAGAAUCGUGCAUACUUGGUGAUGACUGCACGUUAGAGAUAACUGUUGCUUGGUCUCUCCUUGUUGAUGACGAGCAGCAUAUGAUGAUGAUGAGCUACACGAACGCUCUCGUGCGACCUAAAACUUUCCCGUACAUGAAAUUGGUUCAAGACACGCAAGGCGGGAGUUGUUGAUGAUGUGUUAGCAAUUUUAAAAUUAA